AUGCAAUAUCACAACAAGACCUACCUACUAAACAUUCCGAAUUGGGACUGGCGAAGGGGCGAUGAUGCGAUUUGUGUUGCAGAAUUGAAGUUGGGCUUCCUGGCGCAGAAUUGUCUAGCUCCGGGAUUCUCAACUCUCCUUGCGAAUCUCUUCACCAUGCGGACGUAUAGAAAAGCAUCGGGAACAGAGGCGAGCUCGACAGUCUUGCCGAUGGGAACGAGCAGCUUCUGGCUGGACGACUAUAUGGAGGGUGCGGGGAUGGAGAUGUACACAGAGCACUUUUCGCCCGCCUUCGAGAAAAUGACCUUCGCUGCCGCAGCUGAACUCUGCUUCUCUCGCUUGCGUCUCCUUCUCAUAGCUGUGCAAUCAUCGAAGAGCUCUAGUGACACUGCCGCUGCUGUUCAUUCACCUUACCCAACAACUGGAAAUCUUGACACUCAUGUCAUCUCCAUCAAUCCCAAUAGUGCAACGAAGAUAACAGCAAACACUCUGGGAUUCUUUAUUGCUCAGUCAGCGGAGGACGCGAAAAGAGCCGCGUACUUUUGCAUCCGCUGUCAUGAGAAUGUCGAUAUGCACCAAGUCAAACCCUGUCCAUGUCGAAAGGCUUGUCAGUUAAGACGGUCUAAGUCCCUUUUCAGUCGCCUCCUGGAAUCGCGUAGCGCUGUGGAGCCUGUUCUCCCUGUUGCGAUUAGCUCCUCCUCAGUGAACUGCCUUCAGCAGCGUGUUGUCGUCGGUGCAUCAAGCUCCCCGAGCCACUUUGAUUUCGCAUGGCUGGCACGUGGCGCUGGAGCGAGUUUGGGAAACCAUUCAAGCUGGCACAGUGGCACCUACCACCAACUCCUCGCUUCAAACAACAGCAACACCAACAACCUCGAAGGUCACAAGAGCUCUGGUGAACAAGCUGUCAAUACCCUAUGUCAAUUUGAUGUCACUGGUAUGUUUCACUGGUGUCCGGAGAAGAAUAUCAAAGCCUGUCUGUUGGAUGAAGGCCAACCGGCUUCGUCAAAUUGCUUCAACGACCAUAUAGUUGUCUGCAUUUUUGCUGACUACCGCAGUCCCAUAAUUGGCUUGAGGAGUUUUAUCAUGCCUCUCAGGGCUAGUAAUCUCCACUUACACGAUCUAAAAACUGUAGUUCUUAUUGGAAACCUGGAUUACAUCAAACGAGAGUGGAAGACGAUAGCCAAUUUUCCAAAGAUUUGGGUUCUCCCUGGGUCCCCACUGAGUAAAGCGAAUUUGCGAUCAGUAAAUGUUAACCUCGCCUCCAUGUGUGUCAUUCUCUCCUCCAAAAGUGAUAAUACAAUAGAUGAUCUGACGCUUGCCGAUAAAGAAGCUAUUCUAUGCUCCCUUAAUGUAAAAGCAAUGGACUUUUCAGAUGUGGACACAAUAAAUGCCGAAGUCCCAGUGAUAACGCUGCGGCACAGUGCUCCACGUCGAGAUGAACAAGCGAGUAUGCUGAAAAAGACCCCCCGGAAUCGGAUCCAAAACCUCAUGAUGAAUAAAAGUCCGUCUGUAGGUUCGUCAACACAACAAACUGCUGAUCCGGUGGUACCAGCAGUGUUCUACCGACCUCCAAGAUUUGUUUCUCGUACUGGCUCAACUAUUCCAAUAGCAACGGAACUCGCAUUUGAUAUGAAUGUCCAGUUUCUCGAACAGGAGGAAGAGGAGGACGGUGGAGAGCUCUUUAUGACUCAACCCUUUGCCUGUGGUACUGCCUUCACUAUCAGUGUUUUGGAUUCCCUGAUGAGCACAGCGUACUUCAAUGAAUCAGCCCUAACACUGAUCCGAUCGCUUGUGACAGGUGGAUCUACACCGUUAUUGGAGAAGAUUCUUGCUGAAGGUGCUGGAAUGCGCGGCGGCACCCUUUCUUCCACGAACCAGGCCAGUCGAGAUAGAUGUCGAUUAGCCCAGCUGACUCUCACAGGCAGCACUCUGGGAAAGUUUGCUGUUCAAGGCACACCUUUCGAGAAACUUUUCCUUGGCGCUUUGAGAGAAUACGGGAUUCUAAUCAUUGGCAUCUAUCGGCUGCUUCGAUGGGGCGAACCUGGUAACGUGAGCUCCGUUUCCUAUAGGCGUUUUGUGAUUACCAAUCCCCCUCCCACACUGCCCCUCCAUCCAUCUGAUUGGAUCUUCUGUCUGGUCCCCCAUCAACACAUCUUAGAACCCAGCCAGGUACAGAAGAUAUGA